GUACAAACUUCUCAGUGAACGAAGUUGUUUCUAGCCCGGUAUCCGAAAUUGCAGUAUACGACUUGACCAGUCCCCCGAGCACCGACCGCCUCUCAGAGAGUGUAUCGUACAGCAAAUCUAAACGCCAUUCCUGACGGGGGCGAGAGGCUAAAGCAGCGUAUUACUGAGUUGGAGAAAGAAAUAUUGAUGAAGGAUUUAAGGGCUAGUAUUGACUCUGCAUCAUCUGAAAUAGAGGUGAUAUAUGUUGGAGGGCCCCAACAUGAGUAUCGUCAGAUACAACUGACGGAGUAUCCAGACUUUGCAGUAGGUGUCCAGAAGCCUAAGCAGCCCACUCAUCACAUGGCUGUGCAUGAUCUGGAAGCCAUGUAUGCUCGCAAUUUGGACAUUGGUGCUCGUAAUUAUGGUGGAAAAAUAUCAUCAGCACGUGAGAGGGAGAUGGUGAGAGUGACAAGUGAUGCCAUUGAAGGUCUUCACAGUGCCAUAAAGUCGGCUCCAGAUGUUGAAGUUGUUGAAGAGGAGGAUCCAGAGGGCCUGAAGGUGCCCCUCCUGGUACACCAACGCCGGGCACUUGCGUGGCUGCUCUGGAGAGAGAGGCUCGUGCCUCCUGGUGGUAUACUUGCUGAUGACAUGGGUCUUGGCAAGACUCUGACGAUGAUCGCCUUAAUAUUACGUCACAAAGAACUAGUGAAAGAAGGAGCUAUUGCCGAGGACUUCUCUUCUCUAAGAGAGAGUGACCAAGAGAGCGAGGAUGAUGACGAAAUAGGGGCUCAUGAAUGGAUUAAAAGAAGUGGCUCAUCAAAAUCCAGUCUAGUUAUGUCUAGUGGCACGCUAGUAGUGUGUCCAGCUUCUCUUCUCGGUCAGUGGGAAGGGGAAGUUAAGAGUCGUGUUUCCCGGCGCAUAAUGAAGUGUGCUGUUUAUCAUGGAAAUAACAGAAAAACUGAUAUUAAGGACCUGGCUCGUUAUGACCUUGUAAUCACUACUUACCAGCUGGUUAUGAAGGAAGCCUUUCCUAAGGACAAAGGAAGUGUGUUGAAGACAAAUAAGGAUAAUGUACCCAAGGUAAAAGCAAAGAAUCAGGGUCAUCUUUUCCGCAUUGGGUGGACACGUAUUAUUUUGGAUGAGGCACACACUAUUCGAAACCACAAGAGUAAGACGUCGCAAGCCGUGUGUUUACUUCGAGGUGGUAGACGAUGGGCCUUGACAGGAACACCUGUUCAAAAUCGGCAGAUGGAUUUGUUCUCUCUUGUGCGAUACUUGAGAGCCUCUCCAUUUGAUGAUUAUACUUGUUGGAAUUUGCAAGUGACUAAAAAUGGUGCGCAAGGGACACGCCGACUGAAGCUUUUGAUAAAAGCACUGAUGUUGCGGAGGACCAAAACUCAAGUUGAUCAGAAAACGGGUGAAAAAAUAGUGGACCUGCCAGAGAAGAAGAUACUGCAGCACACCCUGUCUCUGUCCCAGGAGGAACGGGAAGUGUAUGACAGAGUCUUUGCCUUCUCAAGGGCCACUAUGAUUCAAUAUAUGAAGAGCAACGAGGAGAAGGAAAACGAAAAAGCAGAAAAGUGGCCUGGCCCAAAUCCUUUGGUGAGCACUAAAACACAGGCCAAACCUGCUGCAGGCAAGAAAUAUACUCCAACACUGAGCAGUGAAGUGGAAGUGACGGGAGAAGUUAAAACCCACCAGCUGCUCGUGUUGAUUCUAAGACUUCGUCAAAUCUGCUGCCAUCCAUCACUUAUAAAACAGAUAUUAGAACCUGAAUCCAAAGAUAUUGAUGGAAUAGAUGUCAACAGUGAAGAUGGGUGUGAUUUAGACUUGGUGGAUCAGAUGGCCAAUAUGAGUCUGCAGAGCGCAAGCCACAUGGAUAAUAGAGCAGAGGAGGAUGCCCUUACCAUGGAUAACCCUGUCUUUCAGCAAACAAAAGUUAGCUCAAAGAUUAUGCAACUCAUUGAGGAACUUGAGAAAAUCCAUUCUCUGGAGACAGUGGAAAAGUCCGUCAUAGUGUCCCAGUGGACAUCAAUGUUAGACAUUGUACGUGAUCAUCUAGAGAAUGUUGGUAUCCAGUGCUGCACUAUAUCUGGGAAAGUUCUUGUUAAAAAUCGUGGUGACAUUGUUGAAGAUUUCAACUGUAAUCCAGAAGGGGCACAGGUUAUGCUGCUGUCUCUGGCUGCUGGGGGAGUUGGGCUAAAUUUAGUUGGUGCCAACCACCUGUUUUUGUUAGAUCUGCACUGGAACCCCCAACUGGAAUCUCAAGCCUGUGACCGUAUUUACAGAGUUGGUCAGAAGAAGUCCGUCAUUAUACAUAGAUUUAUAAUUGAAAACACCAUUGAGGAAAAAAUAAUCCAGCUUCAACAAGAGAAGCUGCAACUUGCUGAUGAUAUUUUGUCAGGUGCUAAUCAAUCGAAGCAAAAUAUCUUGUCGUUGAAUGACAUGAAGAAAUUGUUCAAUUUAGCUUAAACAAUUUUUGUAAAGUUAUUAAAAUAAAAAAAAAAUUGGUAUAAAAGUGUAGGCGAGAGGUGGUGGUGGGAGCGUGUAGAGCGGGACUCGUGUCCUGAAGAACAAAGCAGCUUGGGCCGAGACGUGUGUCGUCUUUCUGCUCUGUUCACUAUUGAGUUAAGAUAUAUUGUAUAUUUCAAGUGCCUUCAAAUAUCUUUUUUAUCAACAUUUAAUAAAAUUAUCUGCUUUUUUAAAUUUUACAGAAUGGUUUUAGUCAAUAGUUGAACUGUACAUACAUAGUAAAAUACAUAAACAUAUUAUCUAUCGUUUUCUGUGAUACAGUGUGUUCUCAAUCGUUAGGUACAAUAAAGUUUUAUACAGUUUUGAUAUACAGUACUGUACCUGUAUUUUAUAUUUCAUGUCUUCAUAUAUCUUUAUUUUGUGCCAGACUUGUUUAUUUUAAAUUUAAUAAAAUUUAAUUAGA